UUUUGCUCGGAGCUUUUCUUUUUUACCUUGCGAACAUUUGAAUUUUUCAUUUUAACUGCAUGUUGUUGCUCGUUGUAAACAUUAAAUUAUUUAUUAAUGGAAACAGUAGAAAUUGAGGAUUUCUUCGGCGUUUAUUUGUUAGUUAGUAAAAGUCAAAACCCGAAGUUCGCUGAUCGAACAUAUAUCGGUUAUACGGUAGACCCUAACCGUCGUAUCAAACAACACAAUAGUGGCCAGGAUGGAGGUGGAGCAAAGCGGACAUCAAAUCGAGGGCCAUGGAUUAUGGUAAUGAUAAUACAUGGAUUUCCAAACAACAUUAGCGCUCUCAGGUUUGAAUGGGCCUGGCAGCAACCGAAGGUGUCAAGACGCCUGAAGCAGAUUCCAGAGCUACAGAAAAAGCAACGUAAGGAAAGUAGUCUUGAUUAUAACUUUCGUAUUCUAACCGAGAUGUUGCGAAUUGGUCCAUGGAAUCGUCUACCGCUCACUGUUCGCUGGUUGGUGGAUGAAUAUCACCGCGAGUUUGUGGUCGGGAAAGCACCCCCGAUGCAUAUGCCAAUUUGCUUUGGGCGUGUGAAAAAGGUACCAAAAAAGAAAACAACUUGUAAAAGCAAACAGAAAAUUAAAACUUCCCAAACAAAUUCUAUAAAUGGGAAAACGAAGGAAAAUAUCGAUUACGAUUGUGACCUAGACGAGUAUGAUCUAUUAGUUGAGGGGACAGACGCUGGUAGAGAAGGUGUAGCGCUUAUUUCACGCCAGGAUGAAAGCGAUGACAAGUUGCUGGAAGACAACGAUGAAUCAUUGACUGAUUGUGUGAUAUGCAGUAAGACGAUUUGUGUCGAUAACAAUGCAAAGUCGUUACAUCUACGGUGUUUGCAACCGCGCUGUAAAUUGAUCUGUCACAUUGAAUGCUUGUCAGAGCGGUGUCUAGAACCGGGGCAAUACGUUCCCAUUGAAGGGGACUGUCCCAUUUGCGACUGUCAUUUCUUGUGGGGUAAUUUAAUCCGAAAGGCCAAUGGUUGCAGUGAUUUGAUAGAGGAUUUGAAUAAUACGAAUGCUUUUGUCGUGGAGUAUUUAUCAGAAAGCGAUGGAGAAUAGUAUUUCAGGAUCAACAAACAGCGGAGGCUCAAUUUGAUUAAACUAUUUGUAUUUUGUGGAAUGGAAUAUAUAUAUAUGUAUAUACUUCUUAAAGUCAAACUUGCAUCGCUGAUUGCCAAACAUGACUGCUAUUUUUUAUCAACUCUGGGGAAAGUGCAAAAGAGGAAAAAAUCAGUCCAAUCUCUAUUUUCGGCAUAUAAUGAUAAUGCACAACGAUAUGCACUCCAAUCUAACAAUGCAUGAAACAUUCUAAUGACAGGUGGGCUAUAAUUUCUGCUGCAACGGUGCGAGAUGUGUGGUGGAAAUGGAGAUUCACGAUACGAAUGUUUGAAUAGAAAGGAAAAAAAUGCCUAUUAAUCCACUGACAAGAAACUGUUUCUCACGAAUCGAUACUGAGAUAUUUUGUUUAAUUUUUUAAUUAAUUGAGAUGUCUUUUUCGUCUUUUCGAUAAAUAUCUGUCUUUGAGAGAACUUUCAAAACAAAGAAGUCAAAGAGAAUGCUAAGGUUCCCAAAUAGGUUGACCAAACAUGCAGUUUUGAACGAAACCGUACAGUUUUUUCAACCAUUUUCAAUUUGUAGUGUUGUACUGUGUGAUUUAUUUUAGAACCUAUUGUUUAGAGGUGAAUGAACUGCAAAUUUUAAAACCUCUUAAAAACAAAAUACGAAACGAACGAAAACCGAUGCCUCAAACUAACUCAAACUUUUUAUCAGAAACCAAUUAGUGAUCUUUCAAACAUUUAUAGGCCUUGUUGAAAGAUGUGAUUUUGUUGAUAAAUCACUAUGAAAGAGAAGUAUUGUUGACUAGUUAUUUGCAAAGUGUUCUUAAAAUUCUAGAUGUAUCCAGUGAUCUGUAGGAGGCUAAAUAUCUUGAAACUUUGGAAGAGUUUUACGAUGCUUGUUGGUGUACAUUGAAUAAUGGAAAUCUAGUCUAGAACAAGCACACCAGUAUAAAUGGAAUAUACUAAAGUCCACAUCUAAGAAUGUUUGAUUGUUUGAUUUCAUAAAUCCCUUGCGAACCGUUAUUGUACCGAAAAAGGAAUACCAAUGAAAAAAAUAGCUACAGCGGAUGAAAAAGAUGAACUUAAAUCGGAAUGCAACUCGCAGAAGACAUAUAGGGAGCAAACAUUUGCCAAACGUAGCAAAAUUCAGACAAAGAAUAGAAGUCACUAACGUGCUGGAAUCAAUUUUCUGUGAAAAAUUCUUCAAGAAUUGCUGGUUCGGUAAGCAAUUUGUCAAUGUGACAUGAAAUCAUUUCUUUUUCACUCUCUGGAAUAUGAAUGGCGUGAUUUACCAGAAAGAAAGUCUCCAAAAGCGUGUGUUACUCAUCCGGAAGAACACAGGCUUGUUUUGGCAUCAUGCCACUACGAACGUUCGACCUGGUGGUACCGCUCGGAUAGUAUCGGCAAGGAAGCUGAUGAGCACGAGCAGUUCAAAAAAGGACUAGAUAAAUGCGAGCAGAAACAUCGAUGAAUUUGUAAGAAUCUUAGUACCUAAUAAGAGACAUAAAGAAGCAGGUACGAUCAUUGGCAUAAUAUCCUAUUCCAGUACACGAGUUACAUUGAAAUGUGACUUUUUCUCGGUAUGAUCUGUGAUGUCAGAUGUGGAGACAUGUUUUUAUUUUGAGAAAAACAUUUUAUUGUAUAGCUAUAAACUUCGAAAUAUCUACGAACAUUGUUUUAUCGAAAAUUUCUUAGAUAUUAGUAAUGAAUUAUUCUUUUUUUGUUCAAUAUGGAUAAGAAGACAUUUUUCGUGUCGUGUUAAUAUAUUUGAAACAACCCCUGGAAUUCCUGGUUAUGAAGUUUUUCUCAUCCCAUUUAUUUAUUUAUUAGGCUCAUUAGCAUUUUAGCUGUAACAAAGCCGGGUUUUAAUCGUGUACAUGUACAUAUGUUUAAUGUUUCUAUAAAUUGUAAAUUACACAGCAGCCAUUUAGGCGUUCCAUUACAUUAUGGAAAAUUACACAGUUUUUUAGGUGUAAGGGUAUUCUUUCUGCUCCAUUGUUCAGCAGACCGGGCAGCGGAGACAGUUGAUAUUCUUCUUCUUCUUUUUGGCUUUAAGAGGGUUUCAACUUUUCAGUUCAUUCGCCUCUAGGCACAGUUGAUAUUGAUCAUCGUUGGGUUGUUAACCCUCCUGUACUCGAGUGCAAAAUCAUAACACGUAUACUCGCGCACGGUGUCACAGACCGAAAAUUGAAUUUCUCUGUAAUGUUGUCAUUGUGUAUAUUUUAGGUUUAUUGGCAUUUAUUUGAAGAAAAGGGCAUGAUUGAAUGAAAAAAAUCCGAAAAAUAUGUUUUCUUCGACUUUAUUAUGUUUUAAUAGCCAUCUAAUUCAGCCUCCUCAAAAUAGAGUAAUUUUUGAUACUCCAACACAAAUAACGAAUUUCGAAUUUUUCAGUGUUAUUAUUUAAAAAAAAAGUAACUGAAUAUAAUUCAUGGAAGUAUAAAGAGCUAUAAAAUAACAUAAAAACGUAUCAAUCGAUUAUGGUUUCAUUGGAGUAAGAAUCAGAACAUAGCAUAAAUGCAUGCUCGAAACAAACAUAUUUUCUACAUUCAAUGCAGUUGUUGCGUGUUUUUUGGAUCUUUUAUUGAAGAGAAGAAUGUAUAACGACCUUCUAGAUAAUUACCAUACGAUAAAGGUUCUGGAAUAUAAAGUUUGCAUAUUUCUAAUAUUCUUUGUCUCUGUUUUCUUGGUAAACUAACAAUGAAUGCCUUUUUUAGAUGGGGCAUAAAAAGAUGAUAUAAAAGGAUUUUUAGUAACUUCCUUUUCUUUUUCUUGUUUUUAUGUCGAUAUUAUCCAUUAUAAAAAAAUAUCCCCGAAACUGUAACUGUUAAAAAUUACCAUAAGCUACCGAGUAGUUUAUAGUUUACUGUUUACAAUUCUUCCACAAGUGAAAUUCAUUCACAAGUGUGUAUAUGUAUGAACAUUAUAUUUAGCAAAUAACUAUACGAAAGUCAAACAUUUAUAUUUUGCUUUUGAACGUAUGAAUCUAACGAUGAAUAUAUCGACGAAUAGUUAGUAUAUGGAUCCGUUCAAUUCAGUUACAAAAGGGACUGAAAUCAAAUAAGAAUAGUCCUAUAAUGAUAUUAUCCAUUAUAUUCAAUAAAUAUUCCACGUCAUUAACAUUAAUUCAUACAUUUCAUUCAACAAUAUUCUAGAAUAUGAAAAAAGGCACUUGUCCAAAAAAGUUACUCCUAUACUCGCGUCGGUGUGUCAGACCGAAAGUGUUAAAAAAGUGGCACACAUUCCCUUUGUACCAACACGUGCGAUACGCUAAAUGAUGAUGAACGACGAAUAACGAAGCCAGAGAGAAUCGCAAAGUCGUUGUGUUGAUAUUUUCUGAGAAAUGAACGAAUUAUUGAUUUCUCGGUCUGACAGACCAGUGCGCGAGUAUAGGAGUGUUAAUAGAACAGCAGCCCGAUAUUUCUUGCAGAGCAGAGCAGUUGUAUGGAUGAAUCGAUCUUUGUUCCACCGUGGAUCGAUUUCCAUCGCUGAUGAUGGUUGCGUAGACGUAGUUAUUCUAUAACAACACAAAGAUGGUCAAUUGAGGGCCCUGAGUUUGAACUCACGAUCGAUCGCUCAGUAGGAAAACGCACUGGUUAUGAUGUUCAAUGUUUACAUUUGGUUGUGGUUUGCCCAUUUGAAAAUCUGUAAAAAAUAUUAAUUACUUAAUUAAAUUUCAUUUUAUAAAUAUUUAACUAACCUUACGUUUUCACGCUGUGCAAUUGCAUAUCAUAGGGCGCUUUGGAACGCGCAGCAGUGUAGUGAAAUAGCACUAUUCAUGACCGACCGAAGCAUGAAGAUGAAACUUAGUUUGUAGACAACUUUUACAUGAUCUAGCAAUAUUUUAUUCAAUUUGAAGAUGAAUUGACAACAAUAACUUAUGCCAAAGUCUUGUUAUAUGAGUUUCGCAAAAAGCUGCAGUACAAACCAUCCGCACUAUAAAUUAAUAAAAAGUAUAGUAUAAAUAUUAUAUUGAUAUGGUUAUAAUUUGAUUAUUUUUCUACAUAUCCUAUAGUUACACUUAGAUGCCUAUUCUAUCGAAUUCCUUUUAAAAACCCUAUUCAAUUUGAACAAGGAAAGUGUCACCAAUAUCUGGGUGACGGGGCGACGAAAGUGUUGAUGGGUUAAUAUCCAUUGUUCAGUUCCUGGAGAGAAACGAAAACUGCACCACAACUCUCACCUCUUUGUGAUUCUGCCUUAUCUAACUAGCUGAGGCCUAGUAAUGAGGAGCAGGCAGUUAUUUUUCAAAAGGGAAGCACUCAACAACAGUCUAAUCUAGAGAUGAAACGGCCGGAUACCGGACAACAGAAAGAAAAAAAACAUUAAUUUCUCAUUGAUAGUAGAUGAAUCACAACAAUCUAUAGCUUCAGAGAACAUUUUUUCGCUGUGAACACUACUGCAAGGAGCUGAAAGGUAAGCAAAACUUGCCAGUUGAGGAUACUGCUGUUUAAUGACCAUCAAAUACAAGGAUCGUGAUUGCGAUUGAUUCGAAAUAUUUUGGAUACGCCGAAACAUGUAAUGCUUGUUAUUUCUUUCUUGAUUUGUAGUGAAGUAAGUGUAACCUCUCUUAGAUUAGCAAUCCCUGAAGUUCUUAGUUUUUUAACCUUUAAUUCAAAUUUCAAAUAAUUGGUUGAUGUUCUUUGCAUAUUUAACUUCAAAGCCCUUACUCUUAUUCGUCCAUUAUUAAAAUUAUUUCAAUAUAUCCACAAAAAUCUCAUCAUUGUAGUGGAAAAUCCCUAUUAGAAAAAAUCCAUUCAAGACCCUUUGAAAAAAAAAAACCACCAUUCUCUAUUAGGCAGGAAGUACACUAGAAAAACUUGAAGAAAUAAAAAAAAAAUCUGAUUGAAAAUUUUCUCUGGGAUGUGUACUGUAGUUUUUGUCCCAGAUUUGCCCGAUGCUCCAUUCCGAAGUUACAAGCCAAUAAGUGGACCUGAGUAUUUACUUAAGGGGGUAUUCCAGUAUAGAGAAACGAAUUUCUGACGUUUUUUCGAGUUCCGUAAAAAUAAAACAAAGAAUAUUUCUACUAUCCAUUAUAUCAUCAUUUGUUUAUCUAUCUUUUAACAAUAAAACAAAAAUUGAACGGAGAAAAAAUAUUCACAACUAGAAUAAUUAAGAGCUGAUGAAGUGAGAAGAUUUAAAAAAGUUUUACCAUGGCGUACACGAUUCCAGCCCUUCUGGUUGUCUGAAACAAAAAAAUCGAACAGAUGCUGAAUCAGUAAACAUGCCGCUAUCGCAUGAACCUCGGACAAGUUAAAAACAUCUUUUUUUGGUAAAAUGGCGGCCGUUUGAAAAACAAAAUGCGGUUUAAAAAUAGUAAAAUUUUAAAAAAUAUUAUUUUAGAGGUUCACGAUAGAGAGAUGCCUGUAGAUUGUAUCCAUAUAAAUUCGACAUGAAUCGAAUCAGUAAAACUUGAAAUAUUGUGUACGCCAGUUUGAAAAAAUAGUUUCCAGAAGAACGCCCUUGAAGUUCAUUGU